AGACUCGUUUCAUCACGCGCGCGCCGGUGGAGCUCUUCACACAGACAGACCAACACAAACCGGACUUUCAAAGCGGAUACUCCAUCAAAAAAACUAGAAACCGGUCAUCUGCUGCGUGUUUGAAAACUUUACAGAUUUUUAUGAUACUUUUUUUUAAAAGCCAUGUAAUCUUAUUUUGUGCUUUGUAUGAUACCAUAUACAGUACAGUCAACGAGACGCUAUUUUUAAACGCCCUUUAAGAGCUCGCGUUGCGCGCUACUCGAACCAUUCAUACCCAACCUUGGGCAUUGCUUUCAUUAUUAAACUAUUAUAGAUGAGAGUUUAUUCAGCUGUGCAUGUCAGCCAACUGCUCAGUUAGUUAGGCUGUUAUUUCCCUGGACUGUGUCUACUGUGUGAUUUUUUUUGUCACUGUUAUUUUAUUAUAUAUAUGCGCUUUUUACGCGGUCAAUAGAAACAAAGACACAAUUCGUUUGUCACCGAAAAAACUCUUAGGCGAAAUUGCAUCGUUGUUCUCUACUUUUUGGAUCUAUUUUGAGAUCAUCCGUGUACAUGAUGUCUUUUCACAUUGGUAGGAGUUCGCAAACGCUGUUAGUUUUUGGGGUUUUGGUUCUGGUUCUUCCAGUUUUAUGUCAUGGGUUGCAGACUCCUGAGAAGUCCAAUAUUGACAGUGUUAUUAUGGAGCAUCUGGAUGGACUGAGACAAUAUGUGGAGUCCAUCGUCGGCACCCAUGCGGUUCAGAUGGGUGUUGAGAAUGCUGUAUUUUACCUUGACUCAGUGUUUGGUCCAGAGAACGUCUAUUCUGUGGCUACGUUUGUUGAAAUGUUGUUGAAGUUUGUGGCUGAAGGAGCUGCCAGUGGACUUAACGUUAUCGCUGUCUAUGUAUCUGAGAUUCUCCGAGCUACAGGAGUGAGUGAGGAGACAAUAUCAAUCCCUCAUUUCACGGCCGAGGUUGUGUACUCUGUGAUCAAAUGGGGUUUGCUGGCUCUGAUUGGCUACUGGAUCCUGACCGUGGUUCUUCGGGUCACCCUGGCACUUGUGAGACGGGUGUUUUGGCUGCUCAAAGCCAUCCUAAUCCUGUGGGUUUUUAUGAGGAUCGUCAAUGACCCCACUGCCUCCACCAGUAUCACUACACUGAGACUGACACUGCUGGUGCUCAUCUGUGCCGUGUUUGGAGUCGCCACGAGCAGAGCCGGUUGGAGUGUAGACGGUCUGGAGAAGCGAGUCACAAACCUGGAGGGACGACUCGAAGUGAUGGAAAAAACGAAAACAAAGAGCGACUAGGGAGGAAUGCAGAAGUGAUAGAGAAGGAAUACGGACUCGUGAGAAUAAAAGAAGAGCACCAAGUUUGUCUUAUUUUUUGUGAUGAGCUAUUUGAGCACAAAACCAAAUACGUUUGGAUGAAAUGCCCAUCAGACAAAUAAUGUAUGUGAUAGUCAAUGCAUGCACCCAGGGAUCAAUUCAGUCCUUUCAGCAGUAUAUUAAGCACACAGUCAGGGUUUGUAGAUACUGGAUUAGUCAUAAACAUUUUGUGUCAUAAAAAAAUGAAUAAACUGCUUUGCGUAUGGCAAUCCUG